AAGAGAAAGAAGAAGAUGAGGAUUAUUUGCAGACAGCUUCUCUUGUUGUUUUCUGGCUUUUGGGGACUCGCAAUGGGCGCUUUUCCUAGCAGCGUGCAAAUAGGUGGCCUCUUCAUCAGAAACACAGAUCAGGAAUAUACUGCUUUUCGACUAGCAAUUUUUCUUCACAACACCAGCCCCAAUGCAUCUGAAGCACCUUUUAAUUUGGUUCCUCAUGUAGACAACAUUGAAACAGCAAACAGCUUCGCUGUAACAAAUGCCUUCUGCUCCCAGUAUUCAAGAGGAGUUUUUGCCAUUUUUGGACUGUACGAUAAACGAUCAGUACAUACCUUGACCUCAUUCUGCAGCGCCUUGCACAUCUCCCUCAUCACGCCAAGUUUCCCCACCGAGGGCGAGAGCCAGUUUGUGCUGCAACUGAGGCCUUCCUUACAGGGAGCGCUCCUAAGUUUGCUGGGCAAUUACAAAUGGAACCGCUUUGUCUUCCUUUAUGACACGGAUAGGGGUUACUCAAUACUUCAAGCUAUUAUGGAAACAGCAGGAGAAAAGAGCUGGCAAGUCAGCGCCAUAUGCGUGGAGAAUUUUAAUGAUGCAAGCUACAGGCAGCUUUUAGAAGACUUGGACCGAAGACAGGAGAAGAAAUUUGUAAUAGAUUGUGAAAUAGAGAGGCUUCAGAAUCUCUUAGAACAGAUUGUGAGUGUUGGAAAGCAUGUUAAAGGCUACCAUUACAUCCUUGCAAACCUGGGAUUCAGAGAUAUUUCUUUGGAAAGGUUUAUGCAUGGAGGAGCCAACGUCACUGGGUUUCAGCUAGUGGAUUUCAACACAUCUAUUGUCUCUAAGCUCAUGCAACGAUGGAAGAAGCUGGAUCAGAGAGAAUACCCAGGAUCUGAGACCCCUCCUAAGUAUACCUCUGCCCUGACCUAUGAUGGAGUGCUUGUGAUGGCUGAGACUUUUCGUAAUCUUCGGAAACAGAAAAUUGAUAUUUCUCGGAGAGGGAAUGCUGGUGAUUGCCUUGCAAAUCCAGCUGCACCAUGGGGCCAAGGUAUCGAUAUGGAGAGAACACUGAAACAGGUUCGAAUACAAGGACUAACAGGAAAUGUGCAGUUUGACCACUAUGGUCGCAGAGUCAAUUACUCCAUGGAUGUGCUUGAACUGAAGAGCACAGGUCUACGAAAGAUUGGUUACUGGAGUGACAUGGACAAAUUAGUUUUGAUCCAACAUGAGCCAACAAUGGGAAAUGACACAUCAGCCCUUGAGAACCGAACUGUAAUUGUAACCACAAUCAUGGAAGCCCCGUAUGUUAUGUGGAAAAAAAACAAAGAACUGUUUGAAGGGAAUGACAAGUAUGAAGGAUACUGUGUAGACCUGGCAUCAGAAAUUGCAAAACAUAUUGGCUUCAAGUACAAAAUUGCCAUUGUUCCUGAUGGAAAAUACGGAGCGAGGGACCCAAACACAAAAAUAUGGAAUGGGAUGGUGGGAGAGCUGGUAUAUGGGAAGGCAGAGAUCGCUGUUGCACCCUUGACCAUCACUUUGGUGAGAGAGGAGGUCAUCGAUUUCUCAAAGCCGUUUAUGAGUCUGGGUAUAUCUAUUAUGAUUAAAAAGCCCCAGAAAUCUAAACCUGGAGUGUUUUCCUUCCUGGAUCCCUUGGCCUAUGAAAUCUGGAUGUGCAUAGUGUUUGCCUACAUUGGAGUCAGUGUCGUCCUCUUCCUCGUGAGCAGGUUCAGUCCGUAUGAGUGGCACACAGAGGAACCUGAGGAUGGCAAAGAAGGACCCAGUGACCAGCCUCCAAAUGAGUUUGGCAUUUUCAACAGUCUGUGGUUUUCCCUGGGUGCCUUUAUGCAGCAAGGAUGUGAUAUUUCACCCAGAUCCCUCUCAGGUCGCAUAGUUGGAGGUGUGUGGUGGUUCUUCACACUGAUCAUUAUUUCAUCAUACACCGCUAAUCUUGCUGCUUUCUUGACUGUUGAGCGAAUGGUCUCACCCAUAGAGAGUGCAGAAGACCUCGCCAAACAAACUGAAAUUGCAUAUGGAACUUUGGAUUCUGGAUCAACAAAAGAGUUCUUCAGAAGAUCAAAAAUAGCAGUUUAUGAAAAGAUGUGGACAUAUAUGAGCACAACAGACCCAUCAGUGUUCGCUAGGACUACGGCUGAGGGAGUUGCUCGUGUUCGCAAAUCCAAGGGCAAGUUUGCCUUCCUCCUGGAGUCCACCAUGAAUGAAUACAUUGAGCAACGAAAGCCAUGUGACACCAUGAAAGUGGGAGGAAAUCUGGAUUCGAAAGGCUAUGGCGUAGCCACACCAAAGGGUUCUCCAUUAAGAACUCCUGUAAACCUUGCCGUUUUGAAACUCAGUGAGGCAGGCGUCUUAGACAAGCUGAAAAACAAAUGGUGGUACGAUAAAGGUGAAUGUGGACCCAAGGACUCUGGAAGUAAGGACAAGACGAGUGCCCUGAGUCUCAGCAACGUUGCCGGAGUCUUCUACAUUCUGGUUGGAGGCCUGGGCUUGGCUAUGCUGGUGGCUUUGAUAGAGUUCUGUUACAAAUCCAGGGCCGAAGCGAAGAGAAUGAAGCUGACCUUUUCUGAAGCCAUACGAAACAAAGCCAGAUUAUCCAUCACAGGCAGCGUGGGAGAAAACGGCCGCGUACUGACUCCCGACUGCCCAAAGGCCGUACACACAGGAACUGCAAUUAGACAAAGUUCAGGAUUGGCGUGUUCCACGGAUUUGCAUCUGUCUAACUACAAGAAACCAACAAAUACGUUUAGAGAGCACCAUCAGUCUGCAGUGUAG